AUGGGUAAACGCAAGCAGGAUCUCGGUGACGUGCCCAUGGGUGGUACCAAGGGCGACGAUGAGUCCGACGAUGACGUUGAAAUGGUCAAUGUCGACUUUGAAUGGUUCGAUCCGCAGCCCGCUAUCGAUUUCCACGGCCUGAAGAACCUCCUCCGCCAGCUGUUCGACAAUGACGCUCAAAUGUUCGAUUUGUCCGCUCUGGCCGACCUGAUUCUCUCGCAGCCAACACUGGGCUCGACUGUCAAGACCGACGGUAACGAGUCGGAUCCUUACGCUUUCCUGACGGUCUUGAACCUCCAAGAGCACAAGGACAAGCCCGUCAUCCAGGAAUUGACCAAGUACAUCAAGACCAAAGCCGCCGCCAACCCUGCCCUCUCCGCCCUUCACGAGCUCAUUUCUCAGACCCCAGUGCCCCCAAUCGGCCUAAUUCUGACCGAGCGAGUAAUCAACAUGCCCUCCGAGGUCAUUCCGCCGAUGUACAACAUGCUGCUUGAGGAGAUGGCCUGGGCCAUCCAGGAUAAUGAGCCGUACAACUUCUCGCACUAUGUGAUCAUCUCGAAAAAUUACCAGGAAGCCUCAAAAGAAAAGAAGAAGGCCGGCGAGACUGCUCAGCAAUUCUUCUUCCACCCCGAGGACGAGGUGCUCCAGCGCAAUGCCGUGUGCUCCGGUACCCUGGAAUACACACACCAGCAGGAUGACGGGCAUUCCGACUCCAAGCGUGCAUUCCAAGAAGUCGGUAUCCGCACCAACGGGAGCUUGACCCUGAUCGAUGGAUCCAAGUUCGAGGCUGCUGUCAAGGCAGUUACGGAGUACUUGAACCCACAGUGA